UUCUAAUUCAUUUUGCCAUGGCCAUCUCGUUCUAUGACUUCAUCACCAUGCGUUUGCUCUUUUUCUUCCUUCCACUUCUUCCAUUGGCUAAUUCAGUUUAUUUCAACGUAGAUCGCUUUGGUCCUGAGACAACUAACGUCCUUUAUCGUGGUGAUGCAAUGCAAUCAGUUGGUGUCGUUGAAUUGAACAGCAAAUACACCUAUACAUGUCGUGUUGGUUGGGCUGUCUAUGCUGAAAGGGUCUUGCUUUGGGACUCCAACACGGGGAAGCUUUCUGAUUUCACAUCCCAUUUUUCCAUCAUCAUUAAUACACAAGGUCUUGCUCAAUAUGGCCAUGGGCUUUCAUUCUUCCUUGGUCCGUCUGGAUUUGAAAUCCCGCCUAAUUCUGCCGGUGGCUUUUUGGGCUUGUUUAACACCUCAACCAUGGAUUCAUCGAACCAAAUUGUUAUGGUAGAGUUCGAUUCGUAUCCAAAUGAAGAAUGGGAUCCCAAGCCUCUGGUUGAGCAUGUAGGGAUCAACAACAGCUCUCUUGCUUCAGCAGUAUACACUCCUUGGAAUGCUAGCUUUCACAGUGGAGAUACCGCCGAUGUAAGGGUUACCUACAAUGCUACCACUAAAAAUUUAAGUGUAUUUUGGACUUACCUGGAAACCUCAAGUCCGCAAGAGAAUACUAGCUUGUUUUACAUAAUCAAUCUGAUGGAGGUUUUGCCCGAAUGGGUCACUAUUGGAUUUUCAGCUUCAACAGGUUCAAACUUAGAGCGACAUCAACUUCUAUCUUGGGAAUUCAAUUCUAGUUUGAAUUACCAGGUGGAAAAUGGAGAAAGUUCAAAGAGGACAAGAAUAAUAGUUAGUGUUGUUGUUGCGGUAUGUUUUAUAGCAGGUGGUACGAUUGCAGGAAUUUUGAUUGCUUGGAGGAGGAGGAGAAAACAGACGAUGGCAAGGAAAGAUGGAGAAAAAAGGAACUCGACAGCAAUCAAUGAAAACCUUGAAAGAAGGGUUGGACCAAGAAGGUUUUCUUAUGAAGAUCUUGUUUCAGCUACUAAUAACUUUUCAAAAGAGAGGAUGCUGGGAAAAGGAGGGUUUGGUGCUGUUUACAAGGGAUACUUAAUUGAUAUGGAUUUGGCAAUUGCUGUGAAGAAAAUUUCACAGGGGUCUAGACAGGGUCAAAAGGAGUAUAUUGCCGAGGUUAACACCAUUGGCCAGUUGAGACACCGGAAUCUAGUACAACUCUUGGGUUGGUGCCAUGAUAAAGGUGAGUUUCUACUCGUUUAUGAAUUCAUGCCAAAUGGCUGCCUUGAUGAUCACCUCUUUGGCAGCAAGAGUACUCUAACUUGGGCUGUGAGGUACAAGAUAUCUCUUGGCUUGGCCUCAGCAUUGCUGUAUCUUCAUGAAGAGUGGGAGCAAUGUGUGGUGCACCGAGAUGUGAAAUCAAGCAAUGUAAUGCUAGACUCAAAUUUUAACGCCAGGCUUGGUGACUUUGGUUUAGCUCGGCUCACAGACCAUGAGCUUGGUCCCCAGACAACAGGGUUGGCAGGAACUGUAGGUUACUUGGCUCCAGAAUAUAUAAGCACAAGAAGGGCAAGCAAAGAGUCUGAUGUUUACAGUUUUGGAGUGGUUGCUUUAGAGAUUGCCAGCGGGAAAAGGGCAAUCGAUCAAAUUGAACAGGAGCACGAAAUGAAUUUGGUAGAGUGGAUUUGGGAACUUUAUGGACGUGGAAAGCUUCAUUUAGCUGCUGACAAGAAACUUCGCACGGAUUAUGACGAGCAACAGGUGGAGUGUUUGAUGAUUGUUGGACUAUGGUGUGCUCACCCUGAUCACAAUUUGAGGCCAUCAAUAAGACAAGCAAUUCAUGUUUUAAAUUUUGAGGCCGCAAUCCCAAAUCUACCAGCUAAAAUGCCAAUGCCUAUCUUUCGUGUACCGUCCCCAUCUGUGAGCUCUGGUGAACCUUUCUUAACUAAUUCCAGCCUAGGAUUGGGUCGCUGAACAUCAAUUGCUUCAGUAGUGUCUUUAAUAAACCAGCUAAAUUAAUCUGAAUGCAUAAAGUGUUGGUGCAAGUUUGCCAUUCACAAUAUCUCUGUCAUAGAAAAGAGUAAUAAAGAAAUUAUAUUUGUUCCCGAUU